GCAGAAAGGUCGACAGACCGACAGAAAGAAUGUACUCGGUGUGUAGGUGCGAGCCAAGCACCGUUGAGCAAAUGAAAAAUUAAUUACAAAGGACUUGGACAUGGACAUGGACAAGGAUUUUUGGACCCUUUUGUCAACGAAGUUUUUCCCAUAAACAAGGCACAGCAGCCGAGCACCUUAAUGACAAUUUCUGAGCAGGUAGACUGAAUUUUGGGAUGCCUAUAUAAGCAGCAGUUGCGCAGCAGAAGGAGCACAGUCAAACGACAAACAUCAACGUAACAACAUCUCAAAGAACAUUGAACAUUGAAAAAGAUGGCACCUUCACACAUGGAUUAUCCACACAACGAGAACGCGAAUGAAUCGGAGUCGAAUGUCGGUUAUACGCAUAAAAAGUUCAACACGGGCUGCUACAAGCAUAAGAAAUUCGGAAAACGUAUCAGCAAGGAUGACCCGCCCACUGCUCCACCUCUGUUCCGUCCAUAUGCACUCAGUGAAAAUACGCCAAGAAAACGUCGCCAGGAAGUACAACAGCCGCAGCAUCAACUUCCGCCUACGCCACCCACAACGCCCCCCCAGCAGCAACAGCAACAGAGCUUCCAGCAGCAACAGCAACAAAGCUUGCAGAAGCAACAGCAACAAAGCUUCCAACAGCAACACUUCCCACAACAACAGUUUUAUGUGCCCACUGCCACGCCCACCCCGGUGAUAAACCAUCAAGCCUACGCCUUUGUGUUACAAAAACAACGCACCGUACUUCAGAUGCGCCAAAUGCUCAGCAUCAAUCCCGAUGCCAACACCUGGCCCACGGAGUUGCGCAAUGCUCUCUACUCCAUGUUGCAGCAAUAAGUGGAAUUGGUGCUGAAGUUUUGUAGGUGUAGCUACCACCCCAAGUCGGUGAUAUGCAUAGCAGCCAGUGAUAUAGUGAUUUAAGAGCCCUACGGAUUGUAUAUGAUAUGAAAACAUGAAUGGAUCAUAUUCACUUAGUCUUAAUAAUUGUACAUAAAAUACUUAAUUAUUAACCAUUCAAAGAAAACUAAAUAAAAAACUAUUGUAUAUUCUA